AUGGGUUGGCAGGACAACCAGGGCGUCCGGGCAACCCUGGGCAAGGUGGAUCUCAAGGACCCCCGGGAAUUCCCGGGAAUUCGGGCCCCCAGGGAUUCCGUGGGGAACCUGGCCCCCCCGGACCUCAAGGGCCCCCCGGAGAACCGGGCCUCUCUGGCAAGGGCGACAAAGGAGAAAGAGGAGAGAGGGGACCACCCGGGUACGGCGGCGGCGGCGAUGGCGAAGCCACUAAAGGCAGUCCGGGCCUCCCUGGACCACCGGGCCCAACUGGACCCAGAGGAGAACCAGGACCGCCAGGACUCAACGGAGAAAAGGGUGGACCAGGCCUGGGUCUCCCUGGCCUGCCUGGCCUCCCUGGCACAGACGGACAGACGGGUCCAAGGGGCCCUGCCGGUGCUCCAGGCAUUAAGGGGGAUUCCGGUUCACCAGGAAACCAUGGGCCUCAAGGGGACAGAGGGGACAGAGGCGCGUCAGGUCCCUAUCGGACCAAAGGGAGAAUCGGGGAUUCCAGGACCCCAAGGACCUCAAGGACUUGCAGGUCUGCCAGGCCCUGCUGGUCCUCGUGGUGAAAAAGGAUCGUUGGGUUUUCCUGGAGAACCUGGCCCAACGAUAGCUGGGCUACCCGGUGCCAGAGGGGAGAAGGGUGACAUUGGUUUGCCCGGGCCCCUGGGUCCCAAAGGGGAGAAAGGUGAAGCGGGAGAGAGGGGAGAAAAGGGCGUAACAGGGCUUGGUGUCCCUGGUCAGCCUGGGUCAAAGGGAGAGAACGGAGAAAGGGGUAACGUUGGACUGUCUGGCAGGCCAGGUGACAAGGGAGAUCCUGGGGCGAAGGGAGACAAAGGCGAGACCGGGCGACUGGGAAAUCCGGGGCAAAUUGGCAUGCGGGGCAAAGAGGGCGAAAAGGGAGAAGCAGGAGCGCUUGGACCCAAGGGUGACACUGGACAGCCUGGCGCAACAGGAAUCCGUGGAUUUCGGGGGCCAGCCGGCGUCAACGGACGCAUCGGGGACAAGGGAGACAAGGGAGACCCGGGUCUGGCGGGGAGUGACGGAACUUCAGGAGUAAACGGAUCUAAGGGCAGUAAAGGGGACAUGGGCGAGCAAGGCGUGCCGGGUCCUCCUGGGAAAGUUAUUGAGGUUGAAAAGACCCUCGCGGGAGAUAAAGGCGACAAGGGGGAGCACGGAGACCCCGGAGAGAGUGGAAUAAAUGGGCAGAAGGGAGACAGAGGACCCAUCGGCCUUCCCGGGGACCGGGGACCAGAAGGUGUAGCUGGGCCUCCUGGAGUCAGGGGUGACCCGGGGGAGCGAGGAACUCAAGGCGAGAAGGGAGAGAGGGGGCAACCGGGUCUUGAUGGAAAGGAUGGCCUUGAUGGAAAAGAUGGCCCCCCUGGACCUUCAGGACCCCGAGGAGAUCCGGGCAAGCUGGGCGACCCCGGGAGAGAUGGCUUGCCUGGCCUGCGAGGAGAACCUGGAAUUCCUGGAGCAGUAGGGCCGCCGGGAACUCCGGGAAGCAACGGGAAAGCGGGAGAAGAUGGAAAACCCGGUGAACAUGGAAAAGAUGGUGCUGAAGGGAGCCCUGGUGAAGAUGGGAAAAAGGGAGACAAGGGGGAGACCGGCACGCCAGGGCGAGAUGGCAGGGAUGGCUCCAAAGGUGAACGGGGAGAGGUGGGAUCGCCAGGAACUCAAGGAAUCCCGGGUUUCACUGGACCAGCAGGACCCCCAGGGCAGGUUCUUAUGGUGAAGGGAGACUACACUCAGACGCAGGGCUUGCCAGGGUCUGCAGGCGUCCCGGGCAUUCCGGGUGUUCCUGGUCCAAUGGGUCCACAGGGUGAUAAAGGAGACGCUGGAGAGAGGGGAGAAAAGGGUGUGCCAGGACUUGACGGAAAGCCUGGCAUGCAAGCCGAAAUGGAGGACCUGGAGUCAUUUUUCCUCUCCUACGGGAUUGGCAUGAAGUCUUUAAAGGAGACCCUGGAAAGGGGCGUCAUCGAUGCAGGGGAUAAACGCCCAGGAGAUGUGGGCCCCCGUGGGGAAAAGGGCGACCGAGGGGAGCGAGGGGAACUGGGGCUUCGCGGCCCUCCGGGUCCAGAGGGCCCGGUGGGUUUGCCCGGGGAGCGUGGCUUGAAGGGCAGCCGUGGGGAAGGAGGUUUACCGGGACCCCCCGGGCCUCCCGGCUCCGUGCUCACGGAGCAAGGGCCCCAGGGCCCGGCCGGGUUUCCUGGAGAACCCGGGAAACCGGGCACGUACGGCACUCCCGGAAAUCCCGGCUUUCCGGGAGAAAAGGGAAACCCAGGCAGCAAGGGAGAAGCCGGUGACAGAGGAGAGCGAGGAGACACGGGGAGAUCUGGUCCAGAAGGAGCUCCUGGUCCUCCUGGGCCUCCCGGUCCUCCAGGAAUACCGGCCCUGGAAGGCUCUGGGUUGCUCCCAUACCCAGGGGAGAGUGGAUUCAUGGGUCCUCAAGGACCAAAGGCAAGUGUCUCCUUGACUACACAAGCGCCCACCCACUCAUUCAUGAUGAAGGUUUUUUGGGUUACAUUGCGUUGGUAUGAAUGUGUCGUUGACCCACCGCUACCUGACACAGCCAACCGGGAAGGUUUUUGACGUAAACACAACGUGCAAAUUAGUUACUACUUCAGCCCACCGGUGUGUUGGAAACGAAAUCCACAACAUUUACAAUUUGAGUACGCCGUUUCGCUGGUAAUUGCAUCCAGCAUUAUCAGG